AUGUCACUCCUCUCCUCCUUCCGCAAUCUUUCCUUCCGCUCGCGGCUGUAUGUUGGUAUCGGCAUAAUUACCUGGUCAGGCGUCGGACUCUGGAUAUCCGAUCAAGCUGAGGCGAAGUGGCUCAAGCCUAUGGAGGAGAAAACCGUCACGGGCGACGAGAAUGUGGUUAGAGUGCUUGAUGAGGGAUGA